AUGCCCGAGGACGCCCAACUCAAGCAUCUUAAAAUCAAGACUGCCGUCGUUAAGCGUCUAAUCAAGGUUUGUACUCGGAAAAAAGCGAAUUUAGUCGUAAAUCACUAUUCCAGGAGCACGCGUCGUACAAACUGCAGGUUGUGAAGGACGAGGAGAAAGCGGCGAAGUUGGCGGCCGAAGCGACGAACGAAGACGAGGAAUACGUGGCGAAGAAGGCGAAGGAGGUCGUCAAGGAGACGGAGACGAUGGUGUGCGACGCGAAGGGACGUCUUAAAAAGGCCGUCACCGAUCUCGAGAAGCUGAUCGAGACCGUCAACUUUCCGGAGAACACGGGGGAGCUUUUGGAGGCUGAAGGUCAAAUUAAAGCCGCCUCUCUCUGCACAUAA